GUCUGGGUCAUGCGGAGGGUGUGGGCAGAGGCUCCUCCCGGCACGACACCGCCCCGCCCCAGGAGAGCCAUGGCGGUGGGGAACAUCAACGAGCUGCCCGAGAACAUCCUGCUGGAGUUGUUCACGCACGUGCCCGCCCGCCAGCUGCUGCUGCGUUGCCGCCUGGUCUGCAGCCUCUGGCGAGACCUCAUCGACCUCGUGACCCUCUGGAAGCGCAAAUGCCUGCGUGAGGGCUUCAUCACCGAAGACUGGGACCAGCCCGUGGCCGACUGGAAGGUCUUCUACUUCCUCCGCAGCCUCCACAAGAACCUCCUGCAUAACCCGUGCGCCGAAGACUCCAGGACUAGGCCUACUAGGACUGCCCAGAAGACAAAGGGGGCUUUGCUUAUGAGAGAAUGAGAGAUCCAGUCUUCUUCCCAGCACAUUCCAACAAAAGGUAAAACAAGACUUCUGCGGUCAUCCAGAGCCCCCUCUUUUCCCUUGCUGUGUUGUAAAUGAUUAAGUAGACACUUUGAUGGGAUGAGAACCUCAAUCUCUAUUAUGUGGCCAAAUUCUGGAGCAAAAUGAUAGUAAAACAACCCCAAGCUGUCCAGAGCUUUCAGAUGCCUGCCUCACUUGACUCCCCAACGGCCAUGUUCUUGGCCAGCAUGUUGACAAACUAUGGUCCAUAAGCCAAAUCUGGCCUAGGAGCUA